AUGGCAGCAGGCAUCAGUGUUAAACAUGGACUAUUGAGCUGUAAAAGCUGGCUUUAUUUCACUGUUUACACUAAAAUAUCACCGGGCAGCGCGUGCGUCCUCAGACGCGCCAGCAGCGCAUCAGCUGACAACGAGAAGUUCUGCCUGGAUCUGGUCAGGUCCAGAGACUAUGACGGCUUUGUGUGCUCCUUACUCCUCCCAGAGGAGGCGCGGCGCUCCUCUCUGGCUCUGAGAGCGUUCAACGUGGAGCUGGCUCAGGUGAAGGACUCAGUUUCCCAGAAGACCAUUGGUCUGAUGCGGAUGCAGUUCUGGAAAGCAGCAAUAGAAGAAAUCUACAGAGACGAGCCUCCGAAGCAGCCGGUCAGCUACGAGCUGUGGAGGGCGGUGAGGAAACAUUACCUGACAAAGAGAUGGCUGCUGAGGAUGAUAACAGAGAGAGAGAAGGAUAUGGAUGACAGAGCUUACAGGAACCUGCAGGAGUUGGAGUCAUACUCAGAGAACACACAGUCCUCCUUAUUAUACCUGCUGCUGGAGUGUUUAGGGGUGAAAAACGUCCAUGCAGACCACGCAGCCAGCCACAUUGGCAAAGGUCACGGCAUCGUAACGUGUCUGAGAGCGACUCUGUAUCACAGCAGCCGACGGAAAGUCUACCUGCCGAUGGACAUCUGCAUGCUGCACGGAGCUUCUCAGGAGGAUUUCAUCCGAGGCAGCCGGGAGCAAAGCAUCCGAGACGUGACGUAUGACAUCGCCAGUCAGGCUCACGUUCACCUGGAACACGCGCGAUCGUUUAGCAACGACGUCCCAGCAGCUGCUACUCCGGCUUUCCUCCAGACGGUGGUGCUGGAGGAUUAUCUACAGAGAGUGAGGAGAGCAGAUUUUGAUGUUUUCCACCCGAGUCUGCAGAAGAGAAAUCCUCUGCUCCCCAUCCAGCUGUACCUCCGCUCCUGGAAGAAGACCUACUGAUACUCCUCCUCUUCCUC